GUCAAUAAUCUCCGCUCCCAGACUACUCCGUUCCUCCGGAUUUCGAUCCCCCUUUUUCUAUCUGUCAAUCAGCGCCGCCUUUGAACUGAAAAGCUCUCAGUCUAACUUCAACUCACUCAAAUUCGAGCGGCACGAGCUCCUCCUGUAUCUUCGGCUUCCCCCCCCUUUGCUCUUUAUAUCUGACUUCUUGUUGUUGUUGGUGUUUUUUUUUUUUUUACCCCCCUUUUUUAUUUAUUAUUUUUUUGCACAUUGAUCGGAUCCUUGGGAACGAGAGAAAAAAGAAACCCAAACUCACGCGUGCAGAAGAUCUCCCCCCCCUUCCCCUCCCCUCCUCCCUCUUUCCCCUCCCCAGGAGAAAAAGACCCCAAAGCUGAAAAAAAAAGUUCACCUUGGACUCGUCUUUUUCUUGCAAUAUUUUUUUUUGGGGGGGGGCAAAACUUUUUGGGUUUUUUUUUUUUUUUUUUUGCUUUUCUUCCUCCUUCAUUUUUCUUCCAAAAUUGCUGCUGGUGGGUGAAAAAAAUGCCGCAGCUGAACGGCGGUGGAGGAGAUGACCUAGGCGCCAACGACGAACUGAUUUCCUUCAAAGACGAGGGCGAGCAGGAGGAGAAGAGCUCCGAAAACUCCUCGGCAGAGAGGGAUUUAGCUGAUGUCAAAUCGUCUCUAGUCAAUGAAUCAGAAACGAAUCAAAACAGCUCUUCCGAUUCCGAGGCGGAAAGACGGCCUCCGCCUCGCUCCGAAAGUUUCCGAGAUAAAUCCAGGGAAAGUUUGGAAGAAGCGGCCAAGAGGCAAGAUGGAGGGCUCUUUAAGGGGCCACCGUAUCCCGGUUACCCCUUCAUCAUGAUCCCCGACCUGACGAGCCCCUACCUCCCCAACGGAUCGCUCUCGCCCACCGCCCGAACCUAUCUGCAGAUGAAAUGGCCGCUGCUCGAUGUCCAGGCGGGGACGCUGCAGAGCAGACAAGCCCUCAAGGAUGCCCGCUCUCCGUCGCCGGCACACAUUGUUUCGAACAAAGUGCCCGUGGUGCAGCACCCUCACCAUGUCCACCCUCUCACGCCUCUUAUCACCUACAGCAACGAACACUUCACCCCAGGAAACCCGCCUCCACACUUACCAGCUGACGUAGACCCCAAAACAGGAAUCCCACGGCCUCCGCACCCUCCAGAUAUAUCUCCGUAUUACCCGCUGUCGCCCGGCACCGUAGGACAAAUCCCCCAUCCGCUAGGAUGGUUAGUACCACAGCAAGGUCAGCCCGUGUACCCAAUCACGACAGGAGGAUUCCGCCACCCCUACCCCACAGCCCUGACUGUCAACGCUUCCAUGUCCAGGUUUCCUCCCCAUAUGGUCCCACCACAUCAUACUCUCCAUACGACCGGCAUCCCCCACCCGGCCAUUGUCACGCCCACCGUCAAACAGGAGUCCUCCCAGAGUGACGUCGGCUCCCUCCACAGCUCAAAACAUCAGGACUCCAAAAAGGAAGAAGAAAAGAAGAAGCCCCACAUAAAGAAGCCUCUUAACGCGUUCAUGUUGUACAUGAAGGAAAUGAGAGCAAAGGUCGUUGCCGAGUGCACGUUGAAAGAGAGCGCGGCCAUCAACCAGAUCCUGGGGCGGAGGUGGCACGCCUUGUCGAGAGAGGAGCAAGCGAAAUACUACGAGCUGGCCCGGAAGGAGCGACAGCUUCACAUGCAGCUGUACCCCGGCUGGUCCGCACGGGAUAACUAUGGGAAGAAGAAGAAGAGGAAAAGGGACAAGCAGCCCGGGGAGACCAAUGAACACAGCGAAUGUUUCCUAAAUCCUUGCCUUUCACUUCCUCCGAUUACAGACCUGAGCGCUCCUAAGAAAUGCCGAGCGCGCUUUGGCCUUGAUCAACAGAAUAACUGGUGCGGCCCUUGCAGGAGAAAAAAAAAGUGCGUUCGCUACAUACAAGGUGAAGGCAGCUGCCUCAGUCCACCCUCUUCAGAUGGAAGCUUACUAGACUCGCCUCCUCCCUCCCCCAACCUGCUAGGCUCCCCGCCCCAAGACGCCAAGUCACAGACUGAGCAGACCCAGCCUCUCUCGCUGUCCCUGAAGCCCGACCCCCUGGCCCACCUGCCCAUGAUGCCUCCGCCGCCCGCCCUCCUGCUUGCCGAGGCGCACGGCAAGGCCGCCGCCCUCUGUCCCAACGGGGCCCUGGACCUGCCGCCCGCCGCGCUGCAGCCGCCCGCCGCGCCCGCCCGCGCGCAGCCGUCGACCUCUUCCUUACAUUCCCACGGCGCCCUCGGGGCGCAGCCCCAGCCCCUCUCCCUGGUCACCAAGUCUCUAGAAUAGCUUUAGCUUCGUGAGCCCUGCUUGUUUCGUGGAGUGCUUCAGUUCGCGUUUCUUUCUUUCUCCCCCCUUUUGGAAAGGUUUCGUUUUGUACUCUUUAAUUUUGUGCCACGUGGCUACAUUAGUUAAUGUUUAUCGAGUUCAUUGGUCAAUAUUUGACCCAUUCUUAUUUCAAUUUCUCCUUUUAAAUAUGUAGAUGAGAGAAGAACCUCAUGAUUCUACCAAAAUUUUUAUCAACAGCUGUUUAAAGUCUUUGUAGCGUUUAAAAAUAAAUAAAUAUAUAUAUAUAUACAUAACUGUUAUGUAGUUCGGAUAGCUUAGUUUUAAAAGACUGAUUAAAAAAUAAAAAGGAAAAAAAAAAAAAAGGAAGCAGUUUCGGAGCAGCCCUCCCGAAGGGGUUGGUUCUGUAUUAUUUGUAUUAAAUACGAGCCUGCGAACCAAUCAUUCACAUCCCGUCUCCAACCCAGGGCACCCCGCGCCCGGUGCCGUCACUUUCUUUUCUGUGUGAGACAACUUUUAUUGUGAUGUUACUUGUUCUUGUUUAAAUGUACAGAAGCAAAGGGUUAAAAUGUGUUAAUAUACCUUGUCCCAUGGUGUUGUUCUUUUGGGGGGAGGGAUGCUACUCAACAAUGAAUGGACUCACAACGCCGUUGGACCAGUAGUAUUUAUUGCUUUAGAGAUUGCUCGUCGAACCUGUACGUUGUCCCUUUUAAAAUAUGUUUUCCUUUUUCUUGAAACUGUAUAAAGUCUUUUUUCCCCUUAGCAUCAGCAUCUUAUAUAUAACAACUCAUUUGUACAAGGUUUUUAAGUUUAUAUAUAAAAUGUGUAUAUAUAUUUUUUUGUUUCCAUUUUCGACUUUUUUUUUUUCCUGUAUGAAAUCCAGAUGCCGCCCAAUGGACAUGAAUAGUUGCAUUAAAGGAUCAGUAGCAUUAACAAAAGUUGCUUUAAAAGCCAUUAUGUGAAACAAGACUUGAAAAUUAGUGAGGGAAUUUUAGCGACGCUGUACGAGCAACGGUGGGAACCGUCCUGUUUCCCCUUUGAACUCACAGUCGAAGGCCCUGCACCCGAGGACGCGGACUGACUGUGCAAAACUUUAUGUGCCAAAAUUCUCGGUGACUCCAGCUUUCUCCCUCUUUUCGAUGCUGUAAUUUUUGUUCAUCAUGUUUUGCUGUGAUGUUACAUAGGUAGAUUUGUGUGUAGUUUUAAUGUCACCUAUAACAAGAUGUGUUUGGUAGCAGAUUGUCCAGAAAAGCAUUUUAAAUGAAGAGGUAUAAACCCUUAAGGGCCAAAAUUCUGUAUAUUAGAUUACUCUUAAAGGAGAAACCAGCUGCCGCUUUUAUGUACACGUACGACAUACAAGUAGGUAGCAAACUUUAAAAAUAAAAAAAAAACCUAGGCAUGUUGAUGUUGCAAAAUGCUGUAUAAAGCUGAGACCUGUUCAUGCGGUGCCACUGUAGUUGACAUGAGCGAUUGUGAAACUGUCUCCGACUUUUCUCUGGUUUAUUAAGAUGCUAACUAUAACACUUUUUUUUGUGAAUACUUUGAAUGUUUCCUAACAGUUGUGAUGUUACUGUUCCGUUUUAUGCUCUUAUUCCAAUUUCAUUUUCGAUGGUUUGGAAGCCAUUUUUGUAAUGAAUAAAUGUUCACGAUGUACAGUAUCUGUAGCAUGCCGUGCCGGAUUAAUAAAGCAACUUAGUGUGUGCAGAUGAAGGCUGAUCGCUGCUUUCUGUGAGUCGCAUCUUAUCUCCGGGGAAACGGCGUCUGCCUUCACUCAGAGAUGUAUUC